AUGUAUGAUGCUUUAUGUGAUAUAACACAUUCGGAUAAGUUUGAUCUUAAUUCAAAAUAUCAAGGCGGAGGAGAACCUGAACUUCGUUUUGUGCAACAUCCCUUAAUCGAACUAGAAGUUGAUAUUCCAAAAGUGGACAAAGAGGAAGAACUAACUCCAGAAAACGUGGACUAUGAAGACGAUGUAGAAUAUUUGAGAAGUUUAGACCCUAAAGAAUGGAAGUCACAAGAUCAUUACAAAGUCCUAGGUAUUCCAAAUAUAAGAUACAAAGCAACAGAUGGCAUUGUCAAAACUGCCUACAGGAAGAAAGUCUUAAAGCAACAUCCUGACAAACGUAAAGCGCUAGGGGAAAAAAUCAAAACAGAUGAUGACUAUUUUACCUGUAUAACAAUGGUUUAUGAAACUCUAGGAAAUAUAAUGUUUACGUAUUAUUUUGACUUAAACUCCCGAUGGUCUGAAAAAACACGGGUGCCCAAAUUAGGAACUGAAAAUUCGACAAAGGAAGAGGUGGAACACUUUUAUUCGUUUUGGUAUGAUAUUAAAUCAUGGAGGGAAUAUUCCUAUGAAGACGAAGAGGAUAAAGAUAAAUGUCAAGAUCGUGAUGACAGAAGAAAGAAUUUCGAUGUAACUUCGCAAUUUAUUAAAGUAGCAGCUAGAAAAAACGACAAGAUAUUCGAAAGUGUUGCUAAAAGAUUCGACAUAUUAUGUAGACAGAACAAAGAGAAAUUUGAAGAACGUAAUAGAACAUUCGAUAAUAUACAGAAAAGUGUAGACGAUAAUGUAGAAAUGUUAGAAGACAAGAUCGAACAAUUAGAGAGCAUCAUAACCAAUACAAAAGUGUUAACACCAGUUAAUUACCACCAGUAG